CAGAGGCAGAUGUUUUGUUUAUGUCUGAUAAUCACUUCCGUGUUUGUUUGUUUUUGAACCCUGGUGACAGCCGAGGACACGCCCACUCUGUGGACGUCACCCAACAUGGCGGCCUACUUGAGCCGGCUGCACCACAUCUCCCUGCACGUCUCCAGCGUGGACAGACUGGCGCAGGAGCUGGUGUCUAAGCUCCGGUUCCGGGUGUUCGCCUCCAGACAGACGGCCGGGUCUCGGCAGCUCGCCUUCCGCAAAGGAGCCGCGGUGUUCGUGCUGACGGAGCGAGGCUCACGCGCACAAGGGCACGGUGUCGGGAACAGCGGCAGCAGCAGCAGUAUUAGCAGUAGCAGUAGCAGCAGCAGUAGUAGUUGUAGCGGCGGGGGCGGGGCACUGAACGACGUGCUGUACGACGUGCGGCCGCAGUACCCCGUGGACAGCGCGUGCAACGUCUGCUUCGAGGUCGAGGAUGUCGAGCGGUCGGCGCGGACGCUGCGCGCGCGCGGGUGCCACCUGCUCGUGCCGCCCACGCGCGUCCGCGACGACGGCGGUCUCGUGACCUACUCGGUCGUCAAGUCCGUCGUGGGCAACGUCUGUCACACGCUCGUGGACACGAGCCGGUACCGCGGGCCCUUCCUGCCGGGGUUCUGCCAGGUCGGAACCGAAGCUGAGGACGAGGACGGCCGGUGUCCAGUGACGCACUUUGAUCACGUCACGUACGCGUGCCCGAGACACAGCACGGCCGAGGUGAUGCAGUGGUACGAGAGGAACUUGGGGUUCCAGAGGUUCUUCAUCAGCAGUAACGAGGACGCAGAAGAAGGCUAUGUCUUGGAUCAGGACGGAAUCGGUCUGCGUCUGACCGCCAUGGAGUACUGGAAAUGCAGCGAGACGGGAAUCAAACUCCCUUUUAAAGGCGGAAAGGAGCCGGACUGCAAGUUCGUUAUCGCAGAGUCUCUGCCUGAGCAGGGCAGGAAUCAGGUGGACACGUUUCUGGAGCAGCACAGAGGUGCAGGGAUCCAGCACAUCGGACUGUUCACGCAGGACAUCGUGUCCACGGUGCAGGUCAUGGCCGAUGCCGGCGUUCAGUUCGUCGCUCCUCCGGCAGCCUAUUACACUGAGGUGGGCAGGCGGCAGGAGAUCGAGGAGGCGGGGUACGACCCAAAAGCCCUGAUGCAGCACGGCAUCCUGUUAGACACGGACCUGCGGGGAAACGCAGAGGAUCCGAGCGCACGCGCAAAGAGCAGAUACCUGCUGCAGGUGUUCACCAAGCCGAUCUUCUCAGAGGACACGUUCUUCCUGGAGCUGAUCGAGCGGCGUGGAGCCACCGGCUUCGGAGAGGGGAACAUCCGGGCUUUAUGGAGAUCCGUUCAGUCUUACAUGAAGAAGAGGGAGGGCGACGAAGAGCACUUGAAUAUUAAAAACAAGCAAACUGGACAGCACUGAUGUCUGAUCGAGUAAACACGAUGCUCACCAUCAGACUAGUAAAAUACGUUACUGUAUGCAGAAGAUGCUCUAUAUAUUUAAAACUCUGGUUCAUAACACUCCUGUAAAAAAAUGUGUGGUUUUUCAGUUUUGUUUAAAUGUUUUUGUAAGACUAAUAUAAAUAUAUGUAGCUUUUUUUCUGUGGGGGGAGUAAAAAAAAAAAUCCGCUCUGACCCUGA